AGAAAAGUGUUGUGAUUCGUGCUGUGCGUGUUUUGGUCGAACGUGAAUUUCGUUUCGCGGCAAACAGUGUGCGGAAAUUGCAAGGUAUUGUGCAUCAGAAAAGCUCAAACAUGAUGGCCACAAGACUGGUUCUGACCGCCGGACAACCGGCGGAGUCUAUUUGCCGUCUGUGCUUCACGGAACGAAGAAACCACGAGUUGGCUUUCAUCGGAUCUCAGCUGCAGCAGUGGAUCGAGCAGCUAACCGCUGUCAAGAUUGUGCAUGUUCCCAGUGCACCAGCCUCAAUCUGCACCGUAUGUAGAAACACUUUGGAAGGAUACGAAAAGUUUCGGGAAAUGUGUCACAGCAAUGAUCAAACAUUUCAAGAUACGUACCUUCGAAGUGGCGACAGUCAACCCAAGCGACAGAAGGUGGCAGUGCAGAAAAGGGUCGGCAGUGGAAGCAAACCUGCUCACCAGACGACUGUGGAGCUGGACGUAGUGCCCUGCGGAUGUUCCGGUGGUGGCGGCUAUGAAGCAGCGGUGGAUGAUCCGGAGAUAAAGAUUGAAGAGGUGGCGCUGGAGAAACCAGACGUUGAUCCGCUAAAUGCCAAAAUUGUCACAGAAAACGAUCUGAGCCGGGAAAUGGUAAUCGACAUUCUGCGCGGCGACUUGGCCUGCCAAAGGCUCAUCCGGGACAAACUGGCCUAUGGGGCUUCGGUGGCGAACAAGGAGAAAAGUCUCAUCUGUCGAACGCUGUGUGCGCAACUGUUCACAACGAUGAUUGAACAGGGAAUACCUAUUAGCUCGGAAGUUAAAAUAAAAUUGGCGCAAUGCAUUGUUGCGGCGUACCCUUGCCUCGGGACUCAGGGGAACGGAGUACCACCUGAGGCCGAUUGGUUCUGGAAGCACGGUGGACAAUCCAAAGGAGAACACACGGGCAAGAUUCAGGUUUGGAUCCGGAACGCCCAGACAAGGGCUCCCGCUAGCGUGCGACGGAAACGCCGUGGUACUAAUCUGAACCUAACCGACGACGAGGCAAACGCCAUCGAAGAGCUGUCCUUGGCGGACGACCAGGCCGAUUAUCGCAAGGUUAACCAACUGAUGGUCACCACGUUUGCCUAUCGGCAGAAUCUUCGCGGUCCGAAGACGGGCCCCUCGCACCUGUGUGCGGAGUUUCCCCAGCUGCUGUGGUAUGGACCCCUGAUGAUUGAGGAGGAAUUCGAUCGGAUGUAUCCCAAUAGAAGUGGAAUUGGUACUCUGUCGUCGAUCACUUCCUUUUGCUUGAUGCUCAAUCAUGCAUACGAUGAAAUAGCUUGCGAAACCGUUCAAGCGCUGAUGAAGGUGAUGGCAGAGCUAACCCUGCAGGGGAAUAUCCGUAAGGAGAGCGCAUCCGGUCUUUCCCCGGUCGAGGAGUACGCAUCGAUAUUCAUCCGCUGGCAGCAGCCCGACACAGACCUGGACUACUUCGUCGAGAACGUCCCCGGAGAUCCACCGUACAUCGUGUGCUCGGCGUUACCGUUCAGCGAGGGCCAAUACUUUGCGGUCAUCAUGAACUCGGCCAUCGAUUGUGGGUUCUCGUUUGGGCGCGCGUUCGACGUGCUGCUGAAAUCGUACAAAGUGUUCAACUUUCCGGUGUCGGGAAGGGCCAAAAAGGUUCUGGAGUUGUUCGAUUUGAUCUACGGCAUCCAGGGGCACAGCCGAUUGUGUAACGUUAACAAACUGUUUGAGAAAAUCAGCAAGGCGGCAAGUAGAUUGCUGAAUUGAUUGUGUGUUUCCUAGAUUAUAGCGACUAAGUCAAAGAUUUUAUAAAAGAAAUUUUGGUACAUACUCUUCAGUAGUAUCAUAAGAGCGAAAAUACAAUAAACAAGAUGUAUGAUUAAAAUCUUAA